CUAACAAGAAAAGAAACUGAUCAGCAUCCUUCGGCUCAGUAUAAAAGGGGUGGCAGUCACGUUUCGUCCAUCACAAACUUUAAUCAUGCUGACUCCAAGACAACUACUGCAACCAAGUUUUGCGGGAAUGUUGAUGCAGAACAUCCGCAUCGUCUUUUCAAACCUGUGGAUAUUUGUUUGUAUGCUUAUAUCAGGCGCACGGGGGCAAGAAACACCUGUUAGCAACAAACAGCCCAUUAUUCUUACCAAGGAUGAAAAUGAGGGACCGGAUGCUCAGCUAACAACUCCGAAAAGUGUAAACUACCAUUUUACCAGGCAGUGCAACUACAAAUGCGGCUUUUGCUUCCAUACGGCAAAGACAUCGUUCGUCUUACCUAUUGAAGAGGCAAAGCGAGGAUUACGACUUCUGAAGGAAGCAGGAAUGGAAAAGAUCAAUUUCUCAGGUGGAGAGCCGUUCAUGCACCAGAGGGGAGAUUUCUUGGGACAGUUGGUGCAAUACUGCAAACAGGAGCUGGAGCUGCCGAGUGUCAGCAUCGUCAGUAACGGCAGUUUAAUAAAGGAAACCUGGUUUCAGAAAUACGGUGACUAUUUGGAUAUUCUGGCAGUUUCUUGUGAUAGCUUUUAUGAGGAGACCAAUAAAGUCAUAGGUCGAGGUCAAGGAAAGAAGAGCCAUUUGGAUAAUCUCCAUAAAGUUUGUAAAUGGUGCCGGGAAUAUAAGGUGGCGUUCAAAAUCAACUCAGUAAUCAACACAUUCAAUGUGGAAGAAGAUAUGAGAGAGCACAUCACUGGUCUAAACCCAGUUCGCUGGAAGGUAUUCCAAUGUCUGCUAAUUGAUGGUGAAAAUGCAGGGGAAAACAGUCUCCGUGAGGCAGAGAAAUUUGUCAUUAGUGAUCAGCAAUUCCAAGAAUUUCUGGACCGCCACCAGAGCGUCAAGUGUCUGGUUCCAGAGUCGAAUCAAAAGAUGAGAGAUUCCUACUUGAUUCUUGAUGAAUAUAUGCGUUUCCUGGAUUGUCGAGAGGGAAGAAAAGAUCCCUCAAAAUCCAUUCUGGACAUUGGUGUGGAAGAGGCCAUCAAGUUUAGUGGUUUUGAUGAGAAAAUGUUCCUCAUUAGAGGAGGGAAAUAUAUCUGGAGCAAAGCAGAUAUGAAACUGGAGUGGUGAACUUUUUACUCAUGUGUCAACAUGGAUGUUUAAUUUAAUGUUAAAUGUUAAUGCACUGAAUGUUUGUAAAUAUUGUUGCAUGUACAUUGCCGUAAAUUACAGACAUUUAAUAUAGAUAAACAGAUAAUUUGAUGGUAUUGGUGUAUAAAUGCUUGUAUAAAUUAUUUUUAGUAAAUUCAUAAUAUAUGUAUUUUAUUUUAAACUUUAUUAUAUUGUAUAAAUGUUAUUAAUAAACAUAUAUAUAUAAUUUAGCCUUUGAUUUUAUCUGCACUUUCUUGUUAGAAUUGUUUAUACAGUAAUAAAAGAAGUAGUUUGCAGGAAAGUACCACAUAAGCUAUUAUAUUUCUCAAUAUUUUAAAAGCAUUAAUAUACUUUGAUAGAAAUAAGACUUUAAGUUUUAGUUAUCUAAUUUGUUUUCAUUAAGUAAUAAAUUCUCAGUUUAAUUUUUCAACAUUGUUUUAUUGUGUACUUGAAUGUUU